AUGUUGAUGCCGUUCGCAACAGUUCGUGCAGGAAGGAGUCCACUGGCUCGCAUUCCGCAGUGUGUUGCACAAAUUCGUCUUGAAAGCACAGUGGCGGAAGCUCCAGUGGAUACAUCAGUAACAUCGGCACCGAUGCCUGUCCGCUACCCCUACUUUGUAUCGCGUGUGGGUCUGGACGGCAUGAGUUUGCCCGUGUACACAGAUAUUCGGAACGGUGGUUCAAGGUGGCUUACACAGAUCCGAAAAGUUGAAGGCGAUGCUUCCGCAUUUUGUCGCGAUCUGUUUGACGAAUUUGGAUGGGGCGACCCGUACGACAAGUCGAACCCUUAUGCCAAUAACCUUGUCCGUGUCUCCAAGAAUGCUGGACCCAAGACAGUAUUCUUGCGUUCAAAUGUCUCGCGCGAAAUUAAAGCAUGGCUCGAAAGCCGCGGCUUUUGA